AUGGAAGGCAGAAAAGUGAUUUUUCCCAAUAACUUUUUCCUGCUGAGCUUCUCAGAGUUUCCAUGGCUGGAGAAGCCCCUCUCUAAAGUGGACUUAGUCUCCAACAUCCUCACCCUGGUGGGGAACAGCUCCAUCAUCCUCCUCUCCCUGGUGGACCCCAGACUCCAGAAGUCCAUGUACUUCCUGGACAACAUCUCUCUGCUGUACCUCAGUCUUACAUGCACCAUUGUGCUCCAGCUGGUGGCCAACCUGUGGGGAUCCUUGCUGCCUGCCAUUGCUUUCCAAGGGCUGGCUCAUCUGCUGGUGAUCAUCUCCUACAUCCCCAAUGAGUUUCCCUGGCUGGAGAGGCCCCUCUUUGCAGUGGUCCUGGUCUCCUACAUCCUCACCCUGCUGGGGAACAGCUCCAUCAUCUUCCUGUCCCUGGUGGACCCCAGACUCCAGACACCCAUGUACUUCUUCCUGGACAACCUCUCUGUGCUGGACCUCAGUCUCACCUGCACCACUGUGCCCCAGCUGCUGGCCAACCUCUGGGAACCAGACAAGACCAUUGCUGCCUGGGGCUGUAUCACACAGCUCUACAUUUAUACUUGGGUGGGCACUGCUGAAUGUGCCCUGCUGGCCGUGAUGGCCAUUGAUCGCUAUGUAGCCGUCUGCCGGCCCCUCCACUACACUCUCAUCAUGCGUCCCUGGGUCUGUGUGCAGAUGGCAGCUGUAUGCUGGUCCAGUGGCCUGGCCAAUGCGCUGCUCCAAGCCACACUCACUCUCCAACUUCCCCGCUGUGGUCACCACACCCUGGACCACUUCUUCUGUGAGGCAUCUGUGCUUAUCAAGCUGGCCUGUGGGGACACCUCCGCUAAUGAGCUGGCCCUCACCUUGAUGACCAUCCCAUUUGGAAUGAUGCCUCCCCUGCUGGUGCUCAUCUCCUACACCUUCAUUGCCAGGGCUGUACUGAAGCUGCCUUCAGCUGAAGGAAGGCGCAAGGCACUGAGCACCUGCAGUUCCCACUUGCUCGUGGUCACCCUUUUCUUUGCACCAGGCAUGUACUUGUACCUCCAGCCUUCAUCCAAGAGUUCCCAAGCCAAGUUCAUAUCCUUUUUCUGCUGUGUUAUCACCCCACUGCUCAACCCACUCAUCUACACCCUGAGAAACAAGGAUGUGCAGACAGCACGGAAGAGGAUCCUGCAAUCCCAGGCCAGUGUGAAGUCUUUCAAAGCCAAGUGA